AGCAAAAUUCUGACCGAUGAGGGGGAAAGCUGAGGCUCCUCACAACUGAAGGAAAAAUAUAUCCUAGAUCCUUCCAGCUAGGUGGAACAUCUGAGGUGUAUGACUGCUAGGAGCUGUGCUGACACCUGUAGUAAAGAAAGAAGAAGCAAUGGCAGCCAGAGGAUCAUGUGUCUCCAGACAAAGGCAAGUGCUAUUUCUCUUCCUGCUCGGGGGUCUGUGUUUGGCAGGUUCUGAGCUUGGACGUUAUUCAGUGACUGAGGAAACAGAAAGGGGAUCAUUUGUGGCGAACCUAGCAAAGGAUCUAGGGCUAGGGGUGGAAGCACUGGCUGCAAAGAGAACUAGGGUGGUUUGUGAUGAUAACAAACAGCACUUGUUUCUGGAUUCUCACACUGGAGAUUUGCUCACAAAUGAGAAACUGGACCGUGAGAAGCUGUGCGGCCCCACAGAGCCCUGCAUGCUUUAUUUCCAAAUUUUAAUGGAUAACCCCUUUCAGAUUUACCGGGCUGAGCUGAGAAUUCUGGAUAUAAAUGAUCACUCACCCAUAUUCCAGGACAAAAAGAUGAUUUUAAAAAUACUAGAAAACACAGCUGUGGGAACAACAUUUCGAUUAGAAAGAGCACAAGACUCAGAUGGCGGACGGAAUGGCAUCCAAAACUACACCAUCAGCCCCAACACUUUUUUUCAUAUUACCGUUCAUAACAGCGAUGAAGGAAUGAUAUAUCCUGAGCUUGUGCUAGACAAAGCUCUGGAUUGGGAGGGGCAGCCAGAGUUCAGUCUAACACUCACUGCACUUGAUGGUGGGUCUCCACCCAGGUCUGGGACAGCCACUAUACAUAUUCUGGUUUUGGACAUCAAUGAUAAUGCCCCACAGUUUCCCCAAGAACUGUAUGAAAUCCAGGCUCCAGAAAACAGUCCAAUAGGCCUUGUUGUCAUUAAAGUCACCGGAGAAGAUGUAGACUCUGGAGUCAAUGCAGAAAUAUCCUAUUCGUUUUUUGAUGCUUCUGAGGAUAUUCGAGCAACCUUUCAAAUCAAUCCUUUCUCUGGGGAAAUCACUCUCAAAGCCUUGCUUGACUAUGAGUUCAUAAAGUCCUAUAAGUUAAAUGUACAAGCAGUUGAUGGUGGGGGCCUUUCGGCGAGAUGUACGGUUCUAGUGCGGGUUUUAGACGUUAAUGACAACGCCCCUGAACUGAUCAUGUCAUCACUUGUCAACGAAGUUGUUGAGAACUCACCUGAAACCGUGCUGGCAGUUUUUAGGAUUAAUGACAGAGACUCUGGAGAGAAUGGAAAAAUGGUUUGCCACAUUCAAGAAAAUCUACCUUUCCUUUUAAAACCUUCCGUGGACAAUUUUUACAUCCUAAUGACAGAAGGAGCACUGGACAGAGAGAGCAGAGCUGAAUACAACAUCACCAUCACUGUCUCUGACCUGGGCACACCCAGGCUCACAACCCAGCACACCAUAAGAGUACAGGUAUCUGAUAUCAAUGACAACGCCCCCGCCUUCAACCAAACCUCAUACACCCUGUUCGUUCGCGAGAACAACAGCCCCGCCAUGCACAUAGGCACCAUCAGCGCCACAGACUCUGACGCUGGCUCCAAUGCCCACAUCACCUACUCGCUGCUGCCAACCCAAGACCUACAGAUGACCCUCACCUCGCUGGUCUCUAUCAAUGCUGACAACGGGCAACUGUUUGCAAUCAAGGCUCUGGACUAUGAAGCCUUACAGGCCUUCGAGUUCCACGUGGGUGCCACAGACCGAGGCUCACCUGAGCUCAGCAGCCAGGCUCUAGUGCGCGUGGUGGUGCUGGACGACAAUGACAAUGCGCCCUUCGUGCUCUACCCGAUGCAGAACGCUUCUGCGCCCUACACCGAGCUGCUGCCCAGGACCGCAGAGCCCGGCUACCUGGUCACCAAGGUGGUGGCUGUGGACCGCGACUCUGGACAGAAUGCCUGGCUGUCAUUCCAGCUACUCAAGGCCACGGAGCCCGGGCUGUUCAGUGUGUGGGCUCACAAUGGCGAGGUGCGCACCACCAGGCUGCUGAGCGAGCGCGAUGUGCCCAAGCACAGGCUGCUGCUGCUAGUCAAGGACAAUGGCGAUCCUCCGCGCUCUGCCAGUGUCACACUGCAGGUGCUGCUGGUGGAUGGCUUCUCUCAGCCCUACCUGCCUCUGCCAGAGGUGGCGCACAAUCCCACUCAAGGGGAAGAGGAUGUGCUCACGCUGUACCUGGUCAUAGCCUUGGCAUCUGUGUCUUCUCUCUUCCUCUUGUCUGUGCUGCUGUUUGUGGGGGUGAGACUGUGCAGGAGGGCCAGGGCGGCCUCUCUUGGGGGCUGCUCCGUGCCAGAGGGACACUUUCCUGGACACCUUGUGGACGUCAGCGGUACAGGAACACUGUCCCAGAACUACCAAUAUGAGGUGUGUCUAAUGGGAGGUUCCUCUGGUACCAGUGAUUUCAAGUUCUUGAAAUCGAUUUACCCUGAAGUUCAUGCUUAUAGUUCCCAGGACAAUAGUGAUGGGAAUCCCACAUUUUGAAGUUUCUAAUUUAAUUUUGAGUAAUGUUUCAUUCCAUUUAACAUAUAAUACAGCCAUAUGAAUAUUAAUUUGUAUAGUAGUUGCUACACAGCAAAACUAACUUCGUUUUCAACUUCCAAGUAGGUCACAUUUAGAUUUUUACAGUGUUUUUACUUUAGUACUUUAGUGGUUGUUUCAUGCUUGUGGUUUUUGUUUGUCUAUUUAUGUUUUUGUUUUCUUUUCUUUCUAGUAGAGUAUUGUCACUUUAAAUUUGAGGUUUUAUCGUACUCAUACUGUACGAUUAUUUGGUUUUAUUUCUCAUUAUAGAAAACUGAAGCUUGAGGUUUCGUUGUUAUUGUUCUCUUUUCUUUUGUUGCUAAGAAUUGACCAAGCCUUUUGCAUGGUAAGAAAAUGCUCCACCAUAGAGCUCUAUCUCCAGCCAGGCAUGCUUUAUACUCACUUUUAAAAGCUGUAUAUUCUUUUAACUUUCACUGAGUCCGUUUUUGGCAGUUUCAUGCAUCUAUCUCCUGCAUUCUGUUUAUGAUAAUCUCUUGAUUAAUCUCCUUGCAACCCCUAUUCCUCCCUUACAAAUCCCUUGGCAUGUUGCUGAUUUUGAGUGUUCUGGUAAUUUUAUGCACUAUGUUAAUUAAUGACUUCUGCAUGCAUGGAGUCAUACUUUGGACUCAAUCAUUCCUAACUCUUGUGUCCCACUUGUUUCCUUCCUUUUCCAAGCAAGUACCCCAUGCUGCUUUCUAAACAUGGCUACUUCAUUGCCCUUAUUUCCCAUCUUCCUUAAGAGUUCUUUCUUUUUUAUCUUUUCUUUGUUUUCAAACCAGAGUUGCUUUAUGUAGAUCUGGUAUAUCUUGCAUAUAAUUUUAAUAUGCAAAUUAAUUGUAUCCUAAAAUUAGUUCUGCAGACCAGGCUGACCUCAAACUCAUAGAGAUCCACCCACCUCUGCUGCCCGAAUGCUGGGAUUAAACUUAUGUAUCACUACCACCCAGCAAGAGCUCAGUUUUAUGUUCAUUCUUGGUGACAUAUAUGGCAAAUUGUGUCAUAUAAUGCUAAUACAAUGUGAUAGUCUGCAUGUAAAUCAGCAUAAAUUUGAGCACAUUUAAAUUUUAUUUGACAAUAUUGAUGGACUGGUUGGAAAGAUAACUUUCUUGUUAUAUUGAAACUUUAAAAGUUGUCAAAUUUAAACAUUGAAAUAAAUUAAUGGUUACAGAAAGUUUUCUCUCCAGUCCCUUUCUAUACAGUUGUUCUUCGACUUUGACCUACUUCCAGACAAUGUUUAACUGCCUUAUCUUUAUAAUCAGCUUUUAUGUGUUACCCACUUUUUGCAGUUCUUAUUUCACAUUAAUAGACACACUUACAAAAGGAACUCAUUUCCCUUAUCCUAGGGUUUUUGUAGAAUAAUCAUAAAAUGUUAUCAGUUUUGUUUCUGUGGGUUUCUAUGCUCAAACCCAAGGCCUCUUAAAUGAAUACCAUCCUGAAGUAAAACUAAUAUUAAUGUCCACCUGUAUAGGUUUCCUAUGUACACAUACUUAGUAGUGCAGUAUGAUUACACUUUGUUUUUUGGAAAAAACAUCUUUUCCAAAGCUAACAGUUGCUGUUUUAGAUUUGGCUUUAUUUCCAUUCGUGGUUAGUGAUUUUUCUGCUCCUCUCUUUCCAUAUUAAGCGAUCAAUCAAAGCAGUGAGUUACCUUGAGCUGCACUCUCUGUUCUCACUACUGUUUUUUACAUCAUAUCCCUCUUGAAUAUUAUCUUCUUGCCUUCAAAUAUUCAAAUAUAUAAGAUGCAAAUUAUUGUGUUUAUGUACUAGGAGCUUUCGUUCAUAGGUCUUCUUUUAGAUGGUUUACCUUGUGGCUGUCAUGCUUUAAUACUUUUUCCACACUGCUGGCCUUUUAUAGGACCCAGUAUCAUGUCUGAGUUUACUUUCUUACUUGGUUGACAGACAAUUUCAUUGAAAUAGAUGCAGAGGCACUUAGGAGAAAUAAAACAACUUUUGAUACUUUACAUAGUGAAGCAAUAGUUUCAUUUGAUUGAUAGUUUGACUGGGUAUAAAAGUAUAAUUUGAAAAUUUCUCCCUCAACGUUAAAAAGCACUUCUCCUUUUCUUAAUUGUGUAGAACUACUUUUCACAGGGACAAUUCCAUUCUAAAGCCUAUCUCUUUUUCUGAAAUUUUCCCCCAUACAUUCUGGAAGCAUUGGAAAACUUACCCUCAGUAGUCUGAGAAUACUGUAGCUGUGGCUAUUUCUUUGUUAACCCAUUCAUGAGGAUAAAUCCUGUUGAUGUUGAGAUUCACAAUUUAGAAAAUAACUCAUUUUAGCUUGCUAUAAUUUCUCACUUGUAUUUUCUAAAAAUCUUGAUUAAAUAUUUAAUUAACUGGAAGAGUUCUAUGAGACCCUAAGCUCAUUUCAUUUUGUAUUUUCACUCUAUUUGGUCCAUGUUCUACUUUCUUGCACUGCUCAUUUAAUCAUUCAAUCUUGACUUGUAAGCUUGCUUUUUGGUAAAUAAAUACUUUUAGAAGUUU